AUGAAGUUUGAUGACGUGUUAGCAGAAUUGAACGGCUUUGGGAGAUUCCAGUUCAGGCUAAUGCUAAUGCUGGUAAUUCCGCGUUCGACAUUGCCUUUUAAUUUCCUGCUGAAUAAUUUUGUCGCGUUCGUUCCUUCUCACCACUGCAAUGUCAGCGCUUUUGAUGAUGACAGUGUUUUUAGGAAUCUGUCUGCCGGGCAAAGGCUCUCUGUGAGUAUUCCAGUCCAGGAGGAUGGGAAGUGGAGCACUUGUCAGAUGUUUGCUGAGCCUCAGUAUCAUCUCCUGCUCAACUCCUCUAAUGUAACUGGGCUACCAACAGUAUUUUGUCAGAAUGGAUGGGUGUAUGAUACUUCCAUCUUCAAGUCUAAUCUGGCAUCAGAGUUUGAUUUGGUUUGUGAGAGAAGAAGAAUGAACAAAGCCACAUCCACCAUCUUCUUCAUUGGCGUCAUGUUUGGAUCAGCAGUGCUCGGCACUCUAUGUGACAGGUAUGGCAGGAAAAGUAUGCUCUUGGUGUCCUAUCUGAUAAGCACGAUCUUUGGAUUUGGAAGUGCUUUGUCGACUAGUUUCAGCAUGUUUGCAGUCAUGCGGUUUUUUUCCGGAUUUGGAUUAUCUGGAGUCGGCAUAAUAUCCAUCGUUCUGUGUAUCGAAUGGGCGGACAUCAAGCAUCGAUCUAUGGCGUGUAUUCUACUAACCUUGGACUGGAGUGUGAGCACGAUGCUGCUCGCUGCUGUGGCCUAUUUAGUGAAUGACUGGAGAUACCUGACAGCCGCAGCAACCAGCCCACUCUUGUUGGCCAUCUUCUCUUGGUGGUGGCUUCCAGAAUCUGCCAGAUGGCUGACAAGCAACGGACAGGUUAACCGAGCUUACUUUUACCUGAAUAAGUGCGCGAAGGUAAACCGCACAGAGCAGUUCAUGGAUCAACUAAAACCUGAGAAUUUAUCCAAAUUAAUUGGGUCAGAAAAUGAAAAGAGAACAUAUUCGUUGUUGGAUUUAGUGAGGACUCCCAGGAUAAGGAGACUGUCAAUAAUAAAUGGCAUUGUGUGGUUUGGCGUGGCCUGCAGUUACUACGGAAUCGGCCUAAAUGUGUCUGGAUUUGGCGUCAACAUUUACCUCACACAGUUGAUCUAUGGCGUCUCUGAAAUUCCCGCCAAAGUGUUCAUCCUUUUGUUUUUGGACAAACUUGGGCGGAAGUUGAGUCAGUCCAGUGGACUUGUUCUGACUGGACUUUGUGUGUUCUCUAACAUUCUCAUCCCAGCGGAUCAUGGAACAUUCCGAACAGCAGUGGCAGCAUUGGGCAAGAUGUUUUCGGAAUCAGCUUUUACAGUUUUAUAUUUGUUCACAACAGAACUCUAUCCUACAGUACUGAGGCAAAAUGGUUUUGGCUUCUGUUCCUUCCUCGCCCGUUUGGGUGUGGCAUUGUCCCCCCUGGUGAGCCUUCUUGAGGAGGUGUGGGUUUCUCUACCAGGCGGUGUCUUUUCCCUGAUGGCUUUCACUUCCGGGUUGUUGACAUUACUUCUUUGGGAGACAAACAACACUCGUCUACCGGAGACUAUUGAAGAUGUGGAACAGACAAGAAGAUCACACUGCAAAAUUGACGAGAACACUCCUCCCUAAUUUUGCAGUUGCAAAAGUCCUAUUAUACUCCUCAUCAAACUACUGUAAAAUGUUCCCUUUAA